UAUAAUGAAAGUAUUCAACAUUUUUGCGUUGUAUUCUAUCAUAAUUAUUAUACCAUUUUCGACUGGAUUGUUUGAUACACAACGCAAGUUGUUUCGGACACAUCACAGUCAAGGAAAUAAUUUGAAUAUUAAGAAAAAAUCGGGAGAAUUUAGCAACCCAUUUGGCAACAGACAGGAAGAUAAGAAGCAAGAAUUGCUGCAGAGGAACAUCUUAAAUGACCCUAACAGUCCUGACAUUGCUAAAAAGACAAACAAUGUUCGAAGAAAAUUCACAUCGAGUAAAUUUUGGUUGACAUCACGAUUUGGCAACAUAGGACGCGGAGAAAAGGCUGAAAGCAAUAAGGAACCUCCACAGAAUCAAGGAUCACAUUCAAAUCCAUUUUCCAAUCAAAUUAAAAGGCAGAAUAUUGUCCCUCAAAUAACCGAAAGCAAAGCAAACACUGUCGAACCGGAAGCAGACCAAAGAAAUGAUAUCGAACCGGAGGUGAUUAAAACAAAUGCUGGGAAAUCAGAGUCUGUGGUUCCGGAAACAGGGAUACAUGUAGGCGGGGAACCCAACGCUGUUCGGGAAUCAGACUUUGAAUUCGGGGGUGAGAAUCACUUUGUGCCAUGUCAGUGGGGGGGUUGUAUCAGUGACUUCAAAUGUAUGCGGUUUGCUAAUGGUCGGGCAAUCGUUUGCCAAGAAGACAGUACUGAGACUUGUCAAUGCAUGAGAGAAAAAUCUCGAAGCAAGCAAAAGGUCUUCUCUAAAGCGAAUCAUGAAUCCAGUUCUUGGAAAGUAUUUGUACCGGAAACGAAAAAUAAAGGAGGCGAUCCAUUGGAUGUUCCGGAUAAUAUGGAGGUUGGAGAAGAAAGUCUUAAAGGAUUGCCGUGUCAGUAUGUAGGGUGUCUGGAGAAGAGCUUCAAAUGCAUGACAAUCGUAAAAGGUCAACCUACCCUCUGUAAUACAGAAAGCGGAGAUAUAUGUCAGUGUCUGAGAAAAAAAUCUGUGAACAAAAUUCGCGGUAUUCCAGCUUUUUCAAGAGACCCAUUUCCGUCAAGUUCUGCAUUGAUACCAAACGUCAUGGAUACUGAAGAUGCAAUUCCUUGUCAGUUUUGGGGAUGUGAACCUGGACACGAGUGUUUAUUGGUCGUAGAUGGACAAAAGACAAAAUGCCCACCUAACACCAAUGCGGUCUGCAGUUGUGUAAGAAGCAUCAUGGGGUGAGCAACACGACAAUGACAGAUGUGUGAACAAGGAAUGAUUACUUUUCGUUGUAAAAGAGCUUGUGGGAGAACGAGCAAUUUGCAACUGUAAUUUCUUCAAUGCAUAUUAAAAUAUUAUGUUUUA